AAAAGAUGGGAAACACAGAAAGCAAUGCCUAUCGGAAUCACCUUUCCAGAUUUCUUCCUGAGGAGCAGUCUGACAUUGAUGGAGUGUUUGAUACCUUAUCAGGAUCGAGUGGCUCAGCUGGAGCGAAAAAUGGCAAAUCUACAAAGAAAACUGUGACUCUAGCAGCACUACAGGCAUAUGUGCAGGAGCCAUUACCAGAGCAAAUGACUGUUCGAUUAUACAACGGAAUGAAAAGUAUUGACCUGACUGGGAAAUCAUCUGGGCUGAGUGAACAGAUUGCUAAGGAGCAGUUUGUAAUUUUUAUGUCAAACCUCUUAAAAGGAAAUGCAGAUGAGAAGGUUACCAUAAUAAUGAGGAUGAUCUCCAAGACUGAAGGGCCUGUGAAGGGCAAACAAGUCCAGGAGUUCGCAGAGGAUCUGAUCACGUCUGUAGUCCAUGUACUGAGCUACAGGAAGGAACUGAGAGGUUGGAAUUUGGAGAAUACGAGGGAUUCUGCAAGUGGAGUAAAGGCUCUGGCUUCUCAGCUGCUAUCAGAAUUGAAGCUUGCAGAUGGGACAAAACCUGUGGGUCCUCAGCUGAUGGAGACAAAUUUUGAUCAAAGUGUCAUUGAGGAUUGGGUGUACCGAGUUCCACAGAUCUCAGUUUUCCUCAGUGUUGUUAUCAGGCAAGGCCUCCAUGUUCUGCAUUCUCUCCCAGACCAAACCAAAGACAUACUCAACCUGGUUCCAGGUUGCAAAGGCAUGAAAGGAAGAGGACUUGUCAGUCUCUUUGACAUCCCAUCCAUCAUAUACAUCAACUCUCAUCUGCCUGCAGAGCUACAGCACAAGUGGCAGCUUUUAUUUUCUUCUAGGCUUCAUGGAGAAAGCUUUUCACAGUUAUGUGGGCAUAUAGUGAACAAAGGUCCUUGCAUAGUGAUCGUAAAGGACUUAGAUGGUUAUAUCUUUGGUGGGUUUGCGUCUCAUUCCUGGGAGGUGAAGCCACAGUUUCAAGGUGACAACAGAUGCUUUCUGUUUUCUGUUUUCCCCUCUCUUGCCGUAUACACAUACACGGGGUAUAAUGACCACUACAUGUAUUUGAACCAUGGCCAACAAACAAUGCCAAAUGGACUUGGUAUGGGUGGACAACAUGGUUACUUCGGACUCUGGAUAGACAGUGACUACGGGAAGGGACACAGUAAAGCAAAACCUCGAUGUACCACCUACAACAGUCCCCAGCUGUCAGCGAAAGAGGAUUUUACACUGGAUGCCGUGGAAGUUUGGGUGGUGGGAGACCUCCUUGAAAGCGCAGGGCCAAAAGGUAAGAAGAGUAUCCUGGAUGUAGAUCCUGAGGCUCAGGCCUUAUUAGAAAUGGCUGGAAAAAGUCGUCAGAGUGAAGGUCUACGAGAACCCAUUGAAGAGGAUGAUGAUGAUGAUGAUAACUAA